GCGGAGGUUUCGCGGUACUCGCUCGUGCAAGGUCAAGUGUGAGAGUCAUUGCUCUACGACGCGCAUCUGGAUACCUUCAUCGACUUCGGUACAAAAUGGUGCAAAGAAUAUUAUUAUUGUGCCUCCUAAGCUUAAUGGCAACGGCUCUAGCCAGCAGCGAUGACAGAUUUAUAAAGAAAUACGCAAUGAUGAAGAUUUACGAAAGUUGCUUCGGUCCAGAAGUAGUAAAACAAAUCCGUAAAGAAAUGAAAGAUGCUUAUGCGAAAUGCUCUUCACCGCCAUCUUUUGACGAGCCACCGAACCAGCACAGCAUACCAUCUAUCCUACUAGGAAAAUUACCGCCUGGAUUUACGAUGGACCCGAGUACGCAAACCAUCACUAAGCCGACAGAUGGCGCUAUUCAUGGCCACGAAAAUGAUUUGUCACAUGAUCAACUCCAACCACAUAAAGUGACACCAUUAACUAAUAUCCUACCAUUUAGACAAGGGCCUACCUUCCAACCACCAGCGCCCUACAUGAUGCCAGGGCAGUUCCGACCGUUCGCACAGCCCUACUAUCAGUUCCCGUACAACCCUAUGUUCUACCCACCUGGAAUGCAGUACAACCCUUAUGCGUACCAGCAGCAGCAACAACAGCAGUAUCCACAAGGAUUAUACCAGCAGCCUUACUUUGGAAAUAGCAGGGUGUCGAGAGAUUUGGACCUUCGUGAUCGUCUUGAAAUAGUAUCCCGCGGCCCGAACGCCGGUCGAGUCCGUAACAUAACCUGUGUGAUGCAAGAACUCGGUUACAUCGAUCACAACCUCGAGCCGAACUAUGAACAGAUCACUCAACGCAUUGCCAACCUGCCCGUGUCCAGCGAACUCAAGGGAGAUAUACAAGAUGGACUUCAAUUCUGUCAGAAAUUCUCGCAAUGUGUACCAGACAUCAAGCGGGACGUAGCUCCAUUAUCUCAAGAACUUAUUAAGCCUAUGUUCUUCUUCCGUUGUUAUAAGCACAAGAAGCUAGAGGCUUGCAUCAUGAAAGACAUCCGAGAACGUUUUACAACCGAAGAUGAAUUGGAUACAGACAGCGACUUUAGGUCUUUACCUAGGUCAGCAAGAUCAAUCCGGGAGGAACCCCUCAACGACCCAAGACUUGAAGCGCUCGAUGAAAUGGCGGUAUACCUUUACGACUACCUCAGCGGCGGAAAUGGGCUCGACUAUGACUUAUAUCUGUAAUGAGCAAAAGUUUGUUGUAUAGAUUGAAAUAUUCAUUUCAAGAUUUUGUAUGAAGAGGCUUUUGGAUUCAAGUUUCGGUUUGUCAAAUUACAAUUACUGUAUUAAAAUAGCUUUUUUGAAAUUGGAAUAUUUUAUAGUUCUGCCGUUGAGAGGUUGAAUUUCUGAUAUUUGUCAGUUGAUCGCAUUUUGAUUAACCAAAACAUUAUUCUCUUAUUUAUUUAAAAUUAAAUUUAGCUCAAAAUCAUAAAAUUUAUAAUAAGUCGUAAUUUUAAUGAUAUUCUUCGUUAAUAGGGCAAAUAAAAAAACUAAUAUUGCUCUACUAACCAAUGAUCGACACUCUAACAGUCGACCUUUAGUUAAAGAUUAAAGUUUCGAUGCAAAAAUAACGUGAGUUUAGAAUUACCUCUCGAAAUAAAGAGUUAAUAAUGAACCAACAAUACUUAUAGGAUAGGAUAUUCAGUUUUAUUUAAUAGAGUAAAUACUCUUUGCUGCAUUUUGUAAGAUGUUUUUAAUUUUUUUCGAGUCAGUCUGUCUGAUUAAAGUUACAUUGCCAAUAUCACAUGCUCAAAUAGAUGAUAAAUAUUACUUGCCAUUGAACGCAUUUUUUAUAACAAUUAGAUAUAAUAAAUAUUCUAUAUAUACGGCCUUAUGACUGUAGAGAAGAAAUAUAUUUCACUCUUUCUUUCAUCGAUAAUUCGAUAUACGAAAGAAUAAGAUAAACAUCGUGUCACAAUACAGCCUAUGACCAUAUAUAAUAGCCAGAUAUUUAACGUUUAUUGUUAAUGGGAAAUUUUUGGUAAAGGAUUCUAAGUGUUUGCUACUAUUAUGUUUCUCUCUAAUUUCAAUACGUAUAAUAUGUCAGGAUGUUUAGAAAUGUAUAUAAUACGUAGCAAACGACGGUUCUUGUCAAUCAAGCUGACGUGACGUCAUAAAGCUUUUUCGGCAAUAACAUAUAUUUUAGUUUAUUUUAAGUUCCUUUGAGAUUACUAAGAUUGCAUUUAAUAGUUAGUAUGUGUUAGUUAUAAGAUAAUCUUAAGCUUUGUAAUCUUUUAAGGAUUAUAAUUAUAUAAUAAAUUAUUUA